CCUCCACCGCCUGUCCCGUGUCGCGCGCGAGUCAUGUGGCCAGUCAAGAUGGCGGCGCUCAAGGUGGCGGUGUUUGUGCUGCUGGGGCUCUGCCUGGGCUGCGCGGCCGCCGUCCCCCUGGUUAUCUGGCACGGCAUGGGAGACAGUUGCUGCAAUCCACAAAGCAUGGGCUACAUUAAAAAAAUAGUGGAGAAUAAGAUACCAGGGAUUUAUGUUCUGUCUCUCAAGAUUGGAAGCAACCUGAUACAGGAUAUGGAGAACAGCUUCUUUAUGAACGUGAACGAUCAAGUGAGAGAGGUGUGCAGCCAACUUGCCAAGGACCCUCACCUGAAAGGAGGCUACAAUGCAAUGGGCUUCUCUCAGGGAGGCCAGUUCCUGAGGGCGGUGGCCCAGAGGUGUCCUUCUCCUCCCAUGCUCAAUUUGAUCUCUGUUGGGGGACAGCACCAAGGCGUGUACGGCUUUCCACGCUGUCCUGGUGAGAGCUCCCAUAUCUGUGACUGGAUCCGAAAGACGCUGGAUCUGGGUGCCUACACACAAGCUGUUCAAGAGCACCUGGUACAAGCAGAGUAUUGGCACAACCCCCUGAAGGAGGAGGACUACAGGAAAAACAGCAUCUUUUUGGCUGACAUAAACCAGGAGAGGGGCAUCAACGAGACGUACAAGAAAAACCUGAUGGCGCUGAAAAAGUUCGUGAUGGUGAAAUUUCUCAAUGAUACCAUGGUCGACCCUCCGAUCUCUGAGUGGUUUGGGUUUUACAAAAGCGGCCAAGCCCAGGAGACCAUCCUGCUGCAGGAGACCUCACUGUACACAGAGGAUCGCCUGGGGCUGCAGGAGAUGGACAAAGCAGGAAAAUUGGUGUUCCUGGGGGUGGAAGGGGAUCACCUGCACUUCUCAGAAGAGUGGUUUUACACCACUAUCCUCCCCUUCCUCCAGUGAAGCCGAGGGGAGGUACUUGGAGCACUGGGGAGGGUCUACCACUGUAGUUAAUGCAACAGCUACUGUGCAACAGCACUUUCUGUGUACAAAAGCCUGCGGGGAUCUGGGGAAGUGGAAGGGGGGGUUCAGCUCAGCAGUUCUACGGCGUGCAGAGGUAGGAACUGUUACACUGCAGUAAAAGUCGGGGAAUUGGCUGGAUGUCAUUACACUCCAAUAGGGGUAGACUGAGCCUUGCACUAACUCUGAAGCACUCCCUCCAUUCUGUGCAGGCCCUGGUAAGUCUGCUUCGGUGCUUGGAGCUGUGCCAGUCACUUGGUGAUGACAGAAAAAUUAGCUGCGCAAGAGGUUUGUUUUCCCGUUCCUCGCAGGAUGCAAUGGCAGUAUUAACUGAAACCACUAGUGCAAGAACGCUGCAUCUCUUAAGGGGAUCAGCAAGUAGACAUACAUGGCUGCACGCAGGGGAAAGAUGACAGCCUCUCCUUCAAGAGGGGGAAAAGGGCCAAAUUUAGGGGUUUCUGGGGAAAAGGGAGGGUUUUGAAUUAAGUGGGUAUUAACAGCUUGAACAGUUUUCAACUAAUGGCUUGUUUUAUGCACUUUUGUACAGCAACUGAAAUCAAUAAAGAACUUUACAUCUAUCUAAAAAAAAAAAAAAAGUGAGAUUUGACCACUACUGACAAGUUGAGGGGAGUUGAGGGAUGUUCAGCAGUCAGGCAGCAAGGGGCAUCUUGUCCUGCCUGAGGUCCUGUGUGCCCGCAAAGAGUAGACAAGAGCCACUGUAAUGAGCAAGUUGGCAUUAACUUUAUUCUAUCUUCUGUAUAAUCUUAAGUACAUAAGAAAGGUAUGUAUGACAAGUACAAGUCACAGGACAGUCUCAAAAUAAAAAAAUUGCAUAUUUUUUUGCAAGUUUUGUCCUAGAGAAAAAGAACAUUGACACUUUACAGAGGAAAUGCAUUUAAGAUAUGCUUAUGCCACCCAAGGUGUUGGAAAAAUGAAGGUCAAAGCAUGUGCAGCUCCCUUUAUGGGUCAGUACAGUACUGUGUCUUAGAUCCACCACUCUGCUCCAGGGCCCUGGAACAGAGGCUGCAAGCUUCCACCAAAGAAAGAGCCAAGCAAAGGGGAAAGGGGAGGUUGAGAGGAUUCACUUUAUGGGGACUGAUUGAAGAUGAGGAAGAGAGCGAUGAACCAACUUGAUCCAACACGGGUAUUUACUGCACUACUGACCCUGGAAUGAAGGAGACCCCUCCUCUGCAGAAGGGGAUGGGUUCAGAAGAACCAUCCUGGAAGACUGAACCUGAGUUCAGCUGCUCCAGGAAGGAAGCCCUGGAGCAAAGAUUCCCUUGCGAGGGUGGAGGGCUCAUGGAAUAAGAGGUGCUCAGCUCCAAGCUACCAACUAGACUGCUGUAACCACAGUUACCCCACCGCAGUCUUCCUGUGGCACUGGUUAAUAGAAAGCCUCCUGUCAUGGCACAAUCAGAAAUACACUGAGCUAGUAGGAAUGAUGAAAGAGAAAGCAGGGUGGAAUGCUAUGGCCCAGGUCCUCAGCCUUUGGUCCGACAAAACCAUUCCCACAUCCUGUAACGCCACCAAAUAGUACAUAGAGCUGGAAUUAGCAGCUUCCAGGACCUUCUUGAGACAUUUGCCAUAGCAACUGGGUACUUGGGAUCCCAACAUAAACCAUUAUUUGUUAAAAAGGGGACAACAUUCCUCUCUCACAUGAACAGUUUGCUUAAAGGCAACACAAAAAAACCCCAACAAAACCUGAACAACACUCUGAAAGCCAACUGCCAGUACUGGCUGUGAAGUUCACCAAAAAUCUGACUUGAUCAAUUGGUGCAGUUAGAUCAGACAAGGGGAGAAAAAAAAAAAAAAUACA